CUUCUGAAUGUAGAGUAUGAGGCUGAAACCCAGCCUCUUCGUCCAUGUGAACUUCAGAGGGAGAAGGCCUUUCGUGAUGGAGAAGACUACAUCCCUCAAUGCUCAGAAGAUGGACAGUUUAGGAACGUACAGUGCAAUAAAAAUGGGAUUUCCUGCUGGUGUGUAGAUGAAAAGGGCGUUGAGGUCACAGGGACUAAGCAGUCUGGAUCAUCUCUGGCUUGUUUGUCCUUCUGCCAGCUUCAAAAGCAGCGGAUUCUGGUCAGCCGUUACAUCAAUAGCAGUGAAACUGCCUACAUCCCAAAGUGUCUGGAUUCGGGUGACUUUGACCCCGUACAGUGUGACUUGGCUCUGGAACAAUGCUGGUGCGUGGACGGGGAAGGGAUGGAGAUUUACGGGACCAGACAGAAAGGGAAACCAAGGCAAUGUCCCGGCCGGUGUGAGAUUCGAGACCGCCGCAUUCUGCAUGGCAUUGGGGAAAAGAGCCCUCCCCAGUGUUCAACGGAUGGAGAAUUCCUGCCUGUCCAAUGCAAGUUUGUCAACACAACCGAUAGGAUGGUCUUUGAUCUCAUCUAUCAUUUCAACAGGUUCCCCAAAGCAUUCUUAACGUUUAGUUCCUUCAGAAGUUUGUUCCCUGAAAUCAACGGAUACUGUUACUGUGCUGACAGCCUUGGGAGAGAACUAGAAGAUACAGGUCUGGAAAUGUUGCUUGAAAAUGUGUACGACACAGUUUUUGCAUCGCUGGAACCGGUUCCCACCUUUGCUGAAAGUAGCAUGUAUAGGAUCCUACAGAGACGUUUCCUGGGAGUACAACUGGCAACAACUGGCAGAUUCAGAUGCCCCUCCAAGUGUGAAAUAGAGUAUUUCGCCGCCACUCGUUUUGAGGAGGAUUAUAAACCAUUGUGUGACGACAAUGGGGCCCACAAGCCAACACAAUGUCAAUUGAAUGGAGAAUGUUGGUGUGUCGACAGCAGAGGACGGGAGAUCUCUGGAACAAGAAGGAGAGGACAGCAACCAAUCUGUGACAAGGAGCCCACCUGUGUCUCUGAGAGACUAGUAUCUCUGUCCAGGCUUUUCUAUGGUCCCGUUGGACAUUUCAGUCAUAACAAUUUGUUUUCUGCUACUCAAGAGCCACGGAAGAUAGCUCGCUCCUCAAGAUUUUGUCCCUUUUUAUUCAGAGACUUUGUUGUGGGUUCCACGGAUCUGUCUUCCCUCUCACGGGAAAACAGCGCCUCUCAGCUCUUCACAUUUGAAAGUCUCCUCGGCGAAGCGGUUGGUGGGAUGUUUCCUUCACGAGAACUUGCUCAGGUUGCUCUACGGUUCACCAACAACCCCAAACGAUUCCAAGAAAACCUUUUUGGUGGGAUGUUCUUGAAGAAUCUGAUCCAGUUUAACUUUACAGGAGCUCUUGGUCCAAACAGCAAAUUUAAUUUGGACAAGUAUUUCCAGCAGGUUGGGAUGAGAAGCGGAUUCAGUGAACUGGCUGGUCAACUUUUGCAGGGAAGCUCCCAGGAGAAGUUUAAUCUGAGCCAAUCUCUUGUUGACGGCUUUGGUCGUACGGUCAACUUAGAGGACAAUCAGAAUGCCAUCAAAUUCCUUGCUUCCCUUCUUGAAGCCCCAGAGUUUUUCGCUUUUCUGCAACAUGUGAUUUCUGUCCCAGAGAGUGUCACCAAAGAUUUAGGAAAUGUAGUGAAGAUUCUGUUGAAAGCAAGAGACUGCAUGGAAGAGGACAAUGAUGUUUUCGUGCCAGACUGUACAGAAGAUGGGAAGUACAAGGAGAUCCAGUGUAAGAGAGGGGAGUGUUGGUGCAUAGAUUUAAGGGGGAAAGAAAUCCCCGGAUCCAGAGUACGAGGGACAAACCCGCAGUGCCCUACAACGUGUGAAAAGCAAAGGGCCAGUUUGCAACUCUUAUUAAGAGACCAGCCUGCAGGAUCUCAGAUGUUUGUUCCUUCAUGCACCAAAGAAGGAAAAUUCCUCCCAGUCCAGUGCCAUGGAAAAAACUGUUUCUGUGUCAAUUCAGAAGGCAUACCUGUUCCAGGAAUAAGUAUCAAUUCUGGAGACCCCAUACAAUGUCCAAGUGACUGCCAUCUUGCAGCUGGUCAAGCUUUUCUAAGAACUGCUAAGCAGUUUCUUUUGAAUCCCACCGCUCUGACUCAAUUGUCCAGUGUUUAUGUACCUCAGUGCGGUCUGGAUGGUCAAUGGAGGCCAAUCCAGUGCAAUGGCCCACCUGAACAAGCUUUUGAGUGGUACCAAAGAUGGAAUACUCAGAACAAUAAUAAGAAUGUGCUUACUAUCGCUGAGUUGGCUAACGUACUCCUAGACUACAAGGCAAGAUCUCAGCAAAGCUUUGAAGAUUUCAUCAACAUUCUCUAUGCAGCGGGCCACCAGAAUAUUUUCCCAGAAUUCUCCAAAUACUCAUCUUUUGAAGCUGUUCCUCGAGAGCUGCUGGAGGGCAAUACAAUGCAGUCCUCUGAGAAUGUUUUACUGGAUCCAUUCAUCUUUUGGCAAUUUCUUCAAGGUCUCCUUAAUCAUUAUCCAGGAUCCUACAGUGAUUUUAGUAUCCCCUUGGGACAUUUCGAUCUUCGCAACUGUUGGUGUGUGGAUGAAAAGGGACGCAUGCAAGGAAGCCAAGCCAGCGUAAACCAAAUUCCAACUUGUCUGGGAACGUGUGAAGCUGCAAAGCGAGAAGCUGCGGAAUUCAUUAACAAGGUGGAACAACUUAUUCAGGAGUCAACCAACUCUCAUUUUCCUUUCGGACAAAGCUUUUUAAUGAGCCAAGUAUCCAUGUUGAGAGGCCGAGAGCUUUGGAGUAAUUUUUCUCAGCUGGAGAGCACUUUUGCAGAAAUACUGUUGGCAGGGAGCGAUUAUGCCAUCCAGUUGGCUGCACAAUCCACUUUGCAAUUUUAUCGGAAGAGUCUAUUGGCAUCCCCGGACUCUGCUGGGGAGGUUCGGCGCUUGGCAUUUCAGCCUUACAUCCCCCAGUGUGAUGGACAAGGGAACUGGGAGCCCGUCCAGUGCUAUGAGAGCACAGGUCACUGCUGGUGUGUCGACGAGGUGGGACGUUAUGUUUCAGAUUCCUUGGUGACACGUUCAACACAACUGCCCCAGUGUCAGACAUCAUGUCAACGUUCCCAAGUGAAUGGCCAGAUUGCCAGUUGGAAAAUGAAUGGACUGACACAGAACGCAACUUCAGCAGCUCUGUUUACUCCGUCCUGUCUGGAGGCAAGCCCCAGCUACUGCAAUUUGGUAAAGUCAAAGGCUCUGGUGCGGGAAAUCGGUAGAGGCUACAUCCCAGAGUGUGACGAGAACCGUCAGGGUUUCUCUCCGGCGCAAUGCAGUGAAGACCAAGCAAGCUGUUGGUGUGUCUUUGACAAUGGACAAGAGGCUCCAGGGACAAGAAUUAAUGGCCAGAGGCCUGCCUGUGAACGUCCACGGUGUCCCCUGUCUUACAACGCUUCUAACCUGACCCACGGUGGAAUUUUUUGCAAUAUCACCGCUGCAAACUCAAAGAUUCAGCAAUGUCAAGUGAUUUGCGCUCCAGGAUAUCAGGAUGUCUUUUCUCAAGGAGAACUUCUUCAGUGUGAUAUCCAAAAUCUUCUCUGGCUUACAAAUCCACCUCAUUCUCUUGCUUGUCAGAGACUGCAGCCAUUCCAGAGUGUCCAGAUUCAAACCCAGUUUCAGCUCAUCUUGCCUCCCAAGAAGACCUGCAGCCCUGACUAUUCCGGGUUGCUGGAGACGUUCCAGGUCUUCAUUCUGGAUGAGCUGAAGUCUCGUGGCUUUUGCCAUAUCCAGGUCAAUACUUUGGAGAACUUGGUGUCUGUUCCAGUCUGUGGAGAUUCUGCUGUCCUGGUUGAGUGUGCAGCUGCUGACCGUCUGGGAGUGAAUGUCACAUGGCAAGCUAUGCUCAAAAAUGUGCCAGCUAUUGCACUUCCCGAUUUAUAUGACAUUGAGAAAGCCAUGGUUGGUGAGAAUCUCCUUGGGCGUUUUGAAGAGCUGAUCAAGAGUGGUGGCUUUGUCCUCCACUUGGACAACAAGCAAUUCCAAGCAGACACUUCCAUCCGUCUUCCUGGAAGAGGAAAUUCUGGCAUGUCUCCUGAAGUUUCCUUGGGGUGCAAGAAUGGUUUCCAGAAAGUCUUAACUACUGGAGAAGUGCUACCAAAUUCGCAAGGAUGUGCUGUCUGUCCCCCAGGUUCCUCUUUUCAGAACGAGCGGUGCAUUCCAUGCCCUUCUGGAUUCUAUCAAGACCAAGCAGGAAGUGACUUCUGUGUAAAAUGUCCUCUUGGGACGUUGACCAUUUCUCCUGGAGCUUUCAGAGCCGAUCACUGUAUGACUGAUUGCCAGAGGAAUGAACAAGCUGAAAGGUGUGAUGAAAAUGGCCUGUAUAGACCUUCUUACCAAGAUCCUUCCACCCAAAAGUCAUUUUGUGUUGACAGCAAUGGAAAGAGAUUAGACUGGACAGAGACAGAUGGUCCUUUGAUGGAGCCCCUGUGUUCGGUCCUCGGACGUUUUGAGAAAGUUCCUGCUUCCAAUCUUAUCUUUACCAAAGAAAAAUCGGAACCAACUGGAACUAAAACACUCCAAGGAACGCCUAUGAAAACCCUCCAGCAGUGCAUUGCAGAGUGUGAAGAGGAUGAGUCCUGUGGAUUUCUCACCAUAUCAACCGUGGGCUCAGAAACGUUGUGCGAGCUGUACAGUGCUCGGGAGAGCAAUUAUAACUGCUCUACUUCUGGACUGGUUCAAGGUGCCUGGGAGAAUUCUCUCGCCACCAGCAUUGCCAGUCUCAGCUGCCUAAUUAAAGUGAGAAGCCCAGAGAAGGAAGAUUCGUUGAGCGUGUACCUGAAGAAAGGACAAGAAUUCACGACAGUGGGAGUCAAGACAUUUGAGAAGACUGAUUUCCAGGAUGUUGUUUCUGGCGUGUACAGCAUUUCGGUUGUAUCAGCAUCUGGUACAUCUUUGACAGAUGUUCAUCUCUUCUGCCGCCAAGCCUGCCACCAAGAUGCUUGCUGUGAUGGCUUUAUCCUAAGCCAGCUCAUACUUGAUGGAGGCAGUAUUGCUUGUAGCCUGCUGAGUUCUCCAGGUGCUUUGAUCUGCAACCUUAAUGACUGGGAUGGAAGCUCAACGCGUCAGCAAGGUGACAUAUGUCAACGUGCAAAGUACAGUGAAGGGAAGAGCCAAUACACAGUCAGAAUUGGAGACCAAGUGCUUGCUGGAGCUUCUGAGCUUGCAGAAGACAUAGAAAAAUUCUUCAUCGGCUUCCAGCGUGUUUAUUUCUGGAAAGAUUCUGACAUGAUGACCCGCAUUGGAUCUACCAUGUGUGAUGCUAUUCUUGUUCCACCACAGUCUAAGUCUCUUCUGUCAGCUUCUACCAAGGAACUCUUUUCUAUAGUGGAAAGCGACCAAAUAUUGACCGAACCGAAUCGUUCUCUGCCAUCCCAAAAAUACUGGCUUUUCAAACAGAGCUACUCAACUGAAGAGGCUGUUCUCUGGUGUCUCACACGUUGUAGAGAGGAUGAGUUUUGUCUACUGGCCGAUAUCCCGAAUAACCCAGACACAGCCUUCUUUCCUUGCACCCUCUAUCCAGCAGCCCAAGUCUGCAACACUUCCAUUAACAAUGUCCCCAACAACUGCAAGAUUGUGUUACCUCAAAAGCCCCAAUUUUUAUAUCAGAAGAGAGCAUCUCUUGAAGGGAGCGUCAAGAAUUUUUACACCCGUCUACCGUUCCGUAAAAUAUCAGGAAUCUCUGUAAGAAACAAGAUGGAUAUGUCUAGGAAAACGGUAUCAAAGGGAUUUUUUGACUGUGAACGGCUUUGCGACACUGAUCCUUGCUGCUCGGGUUUUGGACUUCUAAAUGCUUCCCAAGACACGGACAGCAAGAUCUUGUGUUUGACUCUGGGCAGUUUGGGAAUUCAAACCUGCAGUGACGAAUUAAGAAGUGAUUGGCAGAUUUCUCCUUGUACGUCUCUGGAAACUGAGGCCAAGGUGCAUCCCUUCGGCUGGUAUCAGAAAUCCUCGAUUGUGCCCCGCGUGUGUCCACCCGUUCCUUUACCGGAAAAUCAAGAAAAAGUGAUGUUGGACAAAUGGCAGCGUUUGGACACGACCUCCACUGUUAUUGAUCCUUCCAUUUCUAAAUUUGAUGUCAUCCAGGUCAGCAGAGAUCCUUCCAGUGAGUUUGCUGCCAUCCGAGAUUUUUGUCUCUCAGUUUGUUCAAAGGACAACCUGUGCCUAAUGGCCACCCUUGAAAUGUUGCCAUCAGCAGCACGAUGCAUGUUCUAUCCAGAAACACAGAGUUGUAGCCUGAGUCUACAAGGCCACCGCUGUCGUAUUUUGCUCAAGGAGCCAGCUACUUACAUCUAUCGAAAGCAAGACGUGAUCCUACCCACUGCUGAAAGAAACAAUGAGCCAUCAGUAUUCAUCCCAUCACAAGGGACCAUGUUGGGCAGCUCUCAAAUAAUUCAAGUUGGCUCUGAAUGGAAGAGUAUUGGACGGUUCCUCGGGGUUUCAUAUGCAGCACCUCCGGUGGGAGAGAAUCGGUUCCAUCCUCCACAGCCUUUCACCUGGACAGACUUCUGGAAUGCAACCACAACCCGAGCUAGCUGCUGGCAACCAGGAGAUGAUAGCCUUUCUUCGGUCAGUGAAGAUUGCUUGUUUUUGAACAUCUUUGUCCCACAAAAUAAUGGAGGGAAUCUACCAGUGCUGGUUUUCUUCCACAACAGCAUAAAUGCUGAUGACCAAGGCGAAAAGGCAGCCCUUGAUGGAUCCUACUUAGCUGGAGUUGGAAAUCUCAUUGUCGUCACUGCAAAUUACCGUGUAGGAGUUUUUGGCUUUUUAAGCACUGGUUCCAGUGUUGCAAGUGGAAAUUGGGGGCUUUUGGAUCAAGACAUGGCUCUACAAUGGAUAAGGAGGAACAUUGCAAGGUUUGGGGGAGACGCGGGACAGAUAACAAUUGGAGCACCUGACAGGGGAGCGGAUAUUAUCAGCAUUCACCUCCUUAAGAAAACUUCGAAUCCAAUCCUCUUCAAGAGGGCGCUACUGAUGGGCGGAUCGGCUUUCUCUCCAGCGAUAACGCUCAGCAAAAAGAAAGCAGAAUCCCAAGCUGCCGUUUUGGCUCGCGAAGUGGGCUGCCUAUCCACCAGCAAUCCUGACAUUGUCUCGUGCCUUCGCCAGUUGCCUGCCAAAACACUUAACGACGCACAAACCAAGCUCCUUGCCAUAAGUGGGCCAUUCCAGUAUUGGGGUCCAGUUGUUGAUGGAUCUUAUGUGCAAGAACCUUUUCCGGCUGCUUUGCAACGUUCUCGACUUUCAAAGUUGGACCUACUCAUUGGAAGUUCACAACAGGAUGGGCUGAUCAGUCGUGCAAAGGCGAUUAAGCGUUUUGAAGAAAGACAAGGCCGGGCCAAUAGCAAAACCGCUUUUUAUCAGGCCCUCCAAAACUCUUUGGGCGGUGAAGAGUCCAACCUUCUCAUUCAGGAUGCAGCUACCUGGUUUUAUUCCCUAGAACAUUCAUCCACUGAGUAUGCUUCCUUCUCCAGGGCAUUAGAAAAUGCCACUCGAGACCACUUCAUCAUUUGCCCAACUAUAGACAUGGCAAAGGAAUGGGCUAAUAACGAGAGAGGGAAUAUUUUCAUGUAUCAUGUGCCAGACAGCAAUUCCUUGAGCAGCCUGGAAUACAUUCCUGAUGUACAGCUUGCAUUUGGCCUACCUUUUUAUCCUCAGUAUAAAAACCGAUAUACGCAGGAAGAGAAGACUCUCUCCUUAGUCAUUAUGCAGUACCUGUCCAAUUUUAUAAAAUCUGGAAAUCCAAAUAGCCCUUACGAGUUUUCAAGAAAGAGGCUAGAAGGACUCUUGCCUUGGCCUUUGUUUCGUGCACGCGUGGGUGGAGACAAUUAUAAAGAGUUUACUGCAUCUUUACCGAAUUAUAAAGGACUGAAAAAAUCCGAAUGCUCCUUUUGGGAUUACAUCAAAACUGUAAAAAGUUUGACAAGUUGUCAAAGAGAGCAACCUGCCCCGAGUAGACCCACGAAAGGACUGGCUGUGACGCCCAUCUCUAAGACCACCACAAUGAAGUUGCUGGAAGAUAAGGCAGCCUACAGCAAAUAGAGCAGACCAUUUCACUCUAUUUUACACUGAAGUGGUGAAAUCAGAAUAUUCUAUGCAUCUGAGGGAAGAACUGGCUUUGCUAUGUUGCAGUGGCAUCUCUGUAAUAGGUGAUUAUUAGUAAUAGUAUGCUAGAUUCGAAGGUUGCCUUGCAAGCCAAGCAAAACUUAAAGUACUAUAAACAGGGGAUAAACAGUUUAGGGGAUGAAACAAUGAAUUUUGAUGCAUUGACUUGUAUGCAAAUUACCGAAUAAAUUUUGGAAAAGAUUGGUAAA